ACGAGCUGAGCCUACACGGGGACAUCCCGCGGAGGGAGAGUCUCUCUAGAACGGGGCUGGAGGAGAAUACGGGUUCCCGCAGUUUCAGUGUCUUAAUUACGCGAUGUUAUGAGAGACACAUAGGCCUACCCCCGCCCUUCACUUACAUAUGCAGGUUUAAAAUACCUGUUUUAUGUCCUCUUGACAGUUGCAAGACUGAGUUAUGAAGUGACUUGACUAUCACGGUGAAUUGUGUGAUCAACAAAGUGGAGCGAGUUUUUCCAGGACGUGAGCAUUUUCAGUAAGCUGGCAGGCGUCGCACGGUAGGGGGCGCUAGAGAGCAUGGCUGAUCCCGGCCAGCCCCAGGAGAGCAGAAGAAGUAGUCUGCAGAGGAAGAAACCUCCGUGGCUCAGAGUGGACAUCCCCCAGCUGUCUCUGGAUGAGCACUCCACAUUCAUGCAGCCAGUGAAGAGGUCGGGGGUCUUGCGCAGUGUGAGCAUGCCCGGUGACAACACACAAUCAGGCAUCGCGACCUUUGACCCAAGCAACUAUUCCCGACCUCCAUUGCCCUCCAUCACACAGACUAUCAAGAGUGAGAAGAGGGUGCAUUUCAAGCGGGUCAACACAGUCCCUCCUAAGGGCCAGCGGGGUCUCCGGAGGGUGUCUGUACUCCGCAGGCGCUCCUGUGUCCCCAAACUAGUCACCCGCCGCCGCUCGUCCAUCCCCAAACAAAUUAUCAAGGGCACCGCGGACUGGUUCGGGGUCAGUAAGGAGAAUGACAGCACCCAGCGAUGGCGGAGGAAGAGUCUCCAGCACUGCAACCUGCGCUACGGCCGCCUCAAGGCCCAGGUGAUGAGGGACAUGGAGCUGUGCAGCCAGGACAACGUGUCUCUGACCAGCACUGAGACACCCCCACCCCUCUACCUCCCCCCGCACCACCACCAGCACCCCCACGGCAUGCAGAGGAUUGUGGACCCCUUGGCGCGGGGCCGUGCCUUCCGCAUGGUGGAGGACCUAGACGGUUACAGCAUACCCCACACCCCCAUCACCCCCGGUGCCGGCUCUCUCUGGUCCUUCUCCAGCUCACGCUCCGCACUCAACCGCUUACCACGGAGACGCAAACGAGAGUCCGUGGCCGUCAUGAGCUUUAAGGCUGCUGCAGCUCUGGUGAAGGGCCGCAGCGCCAGGGAGAGGGAGGGCGCCGCCCGACGCUGUCACAGACGGAGCUUCAUGCCCGUGAGCUUCCUGGAAGAUGACACCAUGGACUUCGCUGACGAGCUGGACACCUCCUUCUUUGCUAGGGAUGGUCUGAGGAGAGGAGAUGAGGAGCUGUCUACGUAUGCAGACGAUGUGUUUGACUCUCCAUCUGAAGCCGCCAUCAAAGCAGAGGAGUUUAACACAAUCGUUGAUGAGAGGGACCUCACAGGUGGUGCCCUGGACAGGAACGAACUGGAGAGGAGUCACCUCAUGCUUCCCUUAGAAAGAGGCUGGCGUAAGGGUAAAGGUCCUGGAGCUUCUCUGGUCCAGCCCAAGGUGCGUCUGCGCCAGGAGGUGGUCAGUGUGAGUGGGCAGCGCCGGGGCCAACGCAUCACAGUACCCGUCAAGAAGCUCUUUGCCAAGGAGAAGAGGCCUUACGGCCUUGGCAUGGUGGGAAGGCUCACCAACAGAACCUAUCGCAAACGCAUCGACAGCUUUGUUCAGCGGCAGAUAGAGGACAUGGACGACCACAGGCCUUUCUUUACCUACUGGAUCACGUUUGUCCACCUGUUGAUCACCAUCCUUAUUGUGUGUCUCUAUGGCUUUGCUCCUAUUGGCUUCUCCCAACACGAGACUGUUGAUUCGGUAUUAAGAAAAAAAGGUGUUUAUGAAAAUGUAAAGUUUGUUCAACAAGAAAACUUCUGGGUUGGACCAAAUUCGGAGGCACUGAUCCACCUGGGGGCUAAGUUCUCCCCUUGCAUGCGUCAGGACCAGCAGGUCUAUGAACUGAUCCAGGAGAAGAGAGAAAAAGAGAGGGAAUCAGCCUGCUGUGUCAGAAAUGACCGCUCGGGUUGUCUCCAGUCGUCACAGGAAGAUUGCUCUUCGACGCUGGCUGUGUGGGUAAAGUGGCCUCAUCAUCCCAGUGCUCCUCUCCUGGAGGGUAUGGUCCGUCAACACGGCUCAGUCUGCCACCAGGACCCCAGGAUAUGUCUGGAGCCGGCCUCUGUUUCACCCCACGAGUGGCCGGAUGACAUCACCAAGUGGCCAGUGUGUACCAGGUACAGCGCGGGCAACCACACCAACCUCCCUCACGUGGACUGUGCCAUCACUGGACGGCCCUGCUGCAUUGGGACCAAGGGCAGGUGUGAGAUCACGUCCAGGGAGUAUUGUGACUUCAUGAAGGGCUACUUCCACGAGGAGGCAACGCUCUGUUCCCAGGUGCCCUGUAUGGAUGAUGUCUGUGGCCUUCUGCCUUUCCUGAACCCUGACAUCCCAGACCAGUUCUAUCGACUGUGGCUUUCCCUAUUCCUUCACGCUGGGAUCCUGCACUGCCUGGUGUCAGUGCUCUUCCAAAUGACCAUCCUGAGGGACUUGGAGAAGCUGGCUGGCUGGUUAAGGAUCUCCAUUAUCUACAUUGUCUCGGGAAUCACUGGCAAUCUGGCCAGCGCCAUCUUCCUGCCCUACAGGGCAGAGGUGGGUCCAGCCGGCUCGCAGUUUGGCAUCCUGGCCUGUCUGUUUGUGGAACUCUUCCAGAGCUGGCAGAUCCUAGAGCACCCGUGGAGGGCCUUCACCAAGCUGCUGUGCGUCGUCCUCUUCCUCUUCUCCUUCGGCAUGCUGCCCUGGAUAGACAACUUCGCUCACAUCUCCGGAUUCAUCUCUGGACUCUUCCUCUCUUUCGCCUUCCUGCCAUACAUCAGUUUUGGCCGUGCGGACAUGUACCGUAAGCGUGUCCAGAUAUGUGUGUUCCUGCUGGUGUUUCUGGGUCUGUUCUCAGGGCUGGCUGUCCUGUUCUACGUCCAUCCAAUCAAGUGUGAGUGGUGUGAGUACCUCACCUGCAUUCCCCUCACCGACAAGUUCUGUGACAAGUACGACCUCAAUGCCGAUCUCCACUGAUGGCCCUGUAGAAAUACAACGACUAGAAUGGAUAUUGUCCAAGAAGAGCAGGCUCACUCGCUAACAUAGCUGACCAGCAGUCCCGGCUAGCGGACAAGACCGGGCCAAGACCGACGUCACGUUAUGGACCGGACACCCUCCAACCAGUAUUUACAUCUGUCAUUCAGGACACUGGGUGUUUAAAUAUUGCUGAUCUGGGACAAAUAACUGUUUAUAUUAAUACCAGUGGAACUGUUGAUCUGUCUCCAUUGGGUGUUGUUUAUAUGGACAUUUAUAUGGUGAGUGACUGGUCACUUUUGGAGCAUGAAGACUUUCUCGAGGGGGGGGGGGGG